CGGUAAUAUGCGCGCGUGCGCCCACAUUACAGAUCUAACGUUUCGCGGGCAAACACAGCGCGAGCGUAAACAUGACGUCCAAUUUAAAAGUUUUGCGCGGUAAUUUUUCGCGCCAACUAUUUUACUAUGUGAAAAAUGGAACGGAAAAAAAAUUGAAGGCGAAUCGAGUAUUCUGUCAACAUUUCGUGAGAUCUCUAGCCACACAGACUGCGCCUAAUUUGGAUAUCAAGGAUCUGUCUUCGCCAUGGGGCGAUAUCCAAGUUAAUAAUGAAACAUUGACUGAUCACGUUUUUUCCGACUUGGAGUUAUGGGCAGACCAACCCUCAUUGACAUGCGGCAUUUCCGGUCGUUCAUACGACUAUGGAAUGAUGCGGAUGAUGAUAGAGCGAUGCGCGUCCGCUCUAUUAGCCGCGUUGUCUCUGACUCCAGGCGAACGGAUCGGCCUCAUACUGCCAAAUAUUCCAGAGUUCGCUGUGCUCAUUCAUGGAGCGAUGCGAGCCGGCCUCGUGGUCACGUUCGCUAAUCCAUUGUACACUGCAGAUGAAAUGAAACGUCAAUUUUCCGAUUGCCACGUGAAGGCAAUCGCGACCAUUGAAAUGUUCAUGCCGGUUGCCGAAGAAGUCAGUAAGGCUCUCAAGGACUACAAAGGCACCAUUUGGGUAGGCGGCGACGAUGACAAAACGAAAGGUAUUUUCGGUUUACGUUCACUUCUAAUGGCGGACCAUAGCGCUGAUCUUCCAAACUUGAAUGCUGAUGACGUGUGCCUGAUUCCAUACUCCAGCGGCACUACUGGAAUGCCCAAAGGCGUGAUGCUCACCCACAAAAACCUGGUCAGCAACCUCAAACAAGUACACUGUCCGAAAGUCAUGAAAUACGGUGGUGAGAAAGGUAAAGGCGAUGUCAUAUUGACAGUGCCACCCUUCUUUCACAUUUACGGCUUCAACGGAAUUUUAAAUUACAACCUUAAGUUAGGUUACCACAUCGUCUCUAUGCCAAAAUUCACACCAGACGACUACAUAAAAUGCUUAGUGCAGUACAAGCCGACCACACUGUUCGUGGUGCCAUCUUUGCUGGCGUUCCUCGGCACCCAUCCGAUGGUCACCAAGGAUCAUCUGCAAUCAGUGGAGACCAUCAUGGUGGGCGCCGCACCAACCACUGACAGUAUACUGGAGAAGUUCCUGCUCAAAUGUCAGAAGACCAAGGAUGAAGUCAGAUUGUUGCAGGGUUACGGUAUGACGGAGAGUUCGCCCGUGUCCCUGAUGACCCCGUACGAGUACCCGCACGGCAAAGUGGGCUCCGUGGGGCAGCUGGUGUGCAGCACGCAGGGCCGCGUCGUGUCGCUCACCGACGGCCGCGCGCUGCCGCCGCACCAGUCGGGGGAGCUUUGGAUACGCGGCCCGCAGAUUAUGAAAGGAUAUUGGAACAACGAGGCUGCUACCAAGGAAACGUUGGACAGUGAAGGCUGGCUGCAUACCGGCGACGUGGCUUACUACGACGAGGACCAUUACUUCUACAUAGUAGACAGGACUAAGGAGCUCAUCAAAGUUAAAGGCAACCAGGUAUCUCCUACAGAAAUCGAGAGUAUAAUUAUGGAGAUGCCAGAAGUGGCUGAUGUGGCGGUGGUGGGUAUGCCGGACCAUCUCGCAGGCGAGUUGCCCAAAGCGUUCGUCGUACAAAAACCAAGAGGACAACUCACCGAGAAGCAAGUUUACGACUUCGUCGCUCAAAAACUCACUAAAUAUAAGCAUCUAGACGGCGGAGUCGCUUUUCUAGACGCCAUUCCUAGGAAUGUCGCUGGCAAAAUCAUGAGGAACGAACUCAAAGUGCUCGGCAGGAAAAAGUAGAAAAUCCGUUUUUUAAAUAAGAGUAUUAUUUUUGAUAUUGUAUAUACAUUUUAGUGAAAAUAUUAAAUCGAACCAGAAUAUGAUCUUUGUUAAGUUUGUAUAAUGACGGUUAGUACCUAGUUUUUAGUAUUUGCAAUAUGUAAGUAGGACUGAUUAAAUAGAAUCAUUGUUGAUGUUUAGUUUUAAGUAAUUAUCUAGUUGUAAAGCAAAACUCGACUUAAUAAUGAAACUGUGAUCUUUUUAGUUUUUUGUCUUUCCAAUCAAUUAAGUUUAAUGAACCUCUUUUUGUCAAUGUUAUUAUUUAUUAACUAAAUAAUGUGACAGUUUGAUAAUGUUUAUAAAAAGGAAUGACAUUUUAAAUAAUACAAUAGUGUAGGAAUGAAUUCAUUAUUAUUUUGUCAUAUUACAAAUAUAAAACUACAGUAAUUGUCAUCCAUUAGUCACACUGAAAUUAUCUGUACCUAGUAAAUACCACUGUCUUCGCUCAUUAUGAGAUCUAGUAGUUUCAGCCUAAUGUAAAUAUAAUUUACUAUGUAACUAUUGAAAUAAAUAAUGUUGAAUUUCUAUUAUUUUAGUAAAGCCAAUUUAUUAUUGACUAAUGUUUUAUUUUAUUUUCCCAAAAUAACUUAAGUAACUAACUAAAUGACAUAGUUGAUCCCUAUUUGAUGCUAGUAGCAGUCUUUAGUUAUAUGUAGAAAUGAAAUUACCACUAGAUAGAUGAUUCUGGGUAAAUACUUGAUUGAUACAUCCAACCCAGUCACCAAAAUAGGUAUAUGCCAUUCAUAACUUAGGAAAAGGCAUUCAGUAUACAUUGGUGUCAAUCUUUAAUUCAUUUUUUAUAUUAAUUAAGAAUUGAAUAAAAAAGACUAUAUUUAUCAUGCCAAUAGCAUUACUAAAUUAAUAUUAAAUUAUGAGCUUUUAUUCUCAGUUUCUUCAUCUGUGACUUUUACAUCUUCUACAAUGGCUUUUUCCUCUUUCUUUUCUUCAUUUGUACUUGAUUCAGAAGAGAUCUCUUUUGAUGUUUCUGCUGAAAAUUCAUCAGUUGGAAUAGUAUCAGGUGGUUGUGGUAGCUCAGACUGAACAUCACUUAUAGAGUAGUUGUCACUUUGAAUGGUAGGCGGUGAACCUUCUUGGAUACAAGUCUCUGGGAUUUUCUCAGCAGUCUCUUGUUGCUUUACAUCUUUUUCUUCCUCCAUGUUGGAGUCGGACUGACUCGAUUCCUCAGGCACAUCACAGUGACUUUCUAUUGCUUUUGGAGAAUUACUAUUACCAUCAGUAUUAUCACUGGAAGAUGAACUUUCUUCACUAGAAGUUGGUACAUCAGAUGGAACUUUACUAUCCGACUCUUCUUUAGAGUUGGAAUCUGAACUACUUUCAUCAAUGUUGGUUUGUUGAUAUUCUAUGAUAGAUUUGCAUUCUGCUUUUUCUGAGGGUUCUUCCGUUUUUACAGAAUUUUCUUGUUCAGAUAAUCUCUGUUCAGUCAUUUCAGCAUCAUCAACUUUGAUUUCUGGUAUAAUCAGUUUUUGCUCUUCACUAGCAUCUGCCGUUUUCAUCUCUACGUCCAUUUUUGGUUUUUCAAAUUCUGAUGACGUAUCUGCAGGUUCUAGUUUGUGUUCUUCCAUGACAGAAGUGGUUGGUUGUUGGACUGUUUCAGUUGAUGAUUUUGUUUCUCUCUCCAAUUCAUCAGUUGUUACAUUCAGUUCGGGAGGGGUUACAGAUUCAUAUUGUGUGGUCACUUUAUCUUGAACCUCCAUAGGAGCAUCUUGUUUUGCUUUCAAUCUCGCUUCAAUAUCAUCAACAGAAAUGUGGGUAUCAGAAGAACUCGGUUGAGGUUCUGAACUUUUUUGGGCUUCUGAGUUUUCUUUCCAUGACAUAUCUUCCAUCUCAACAUCCACAUUGUACUCCGAAUUAUUGUCCGACCCAUUAACAAUAGGUUCCAUCGCCUCUCCGUUUUCAGGUUCUAUAUGACGUUGGAUUCCUGGUUCUCUAGUGCUGACAACUAAAAUGUUUUUCUCUACAGCCCUCAUAAAUUUAUCCACCCUAUUAUACUGCUUACGAGGAUAUGUUAACAGUUCACAUAUUCGUUGAACAGUAAACGGUGCUGAUGUGAAGGAAUCUAGACGCUCUAACAAACUAUUUUUCAUUAUAUCAUAAUUGAAUGGGUCUACAUUUGGAUAUGGCGGAAUGUCAAUGCCAGGCGUGGUUUCAUAAAAGUCCGUAAUCACAUUCAAUAGCUUUUCCUUGAAUAAACAUUUUACCAAAGGCCAUUGAUACACAGGAUCACCGGUGCGGGCUACAUACGCCAAGUAGUCGUUUAGUUCUUGAGGAAUAAUUUUAGGCUUACGUUUCGAAAAUUCUUCCAGGAAGUGGAAAAUUUCUUCGGCAUUUUCCAUUUUCAUGGAAUUAAGUUUAGCAAACAGAGUAAUCUAAGUCAACGGAGUAAUAAUUUUGCUACAAUAAACGAGAAUGACACGGAAAACAC